AUGGCCAAAGAAGAUGAUCUCGAGUAUUCGGACACGAAGAGGAUCGCCUUUAAUGUUGAAAGGGAAGAAGUUGAAGAGAUAAAUAACCCACAUCCUACCACUGAUAUCGAAAGCAAUGGUGUUACGGUGCGAAUUUACGAGGCUGACACAGACCGAGGAAAAUGGGGAAACCAAAUAGAGUUUAUCCUCGCGACGAUCGGUUUUGCUGUUGGUUUGGGAAAUGUUUGGCGUUUCCCGUACCUCUGUCAGAAAAACGGUGGAGGUAAUUUCUCAUAUUUCUCUUUAACUUUUCUUUGUUUGACCAUGCGGCGAGUAAAAUGUUUACCUUCCUUGAUUUCUUACUAAAUUUUCAGUAAUGAAACGGCAAUUUAGUGGCUUCAUUGUCCUUGUCGCGUAAAAAAGAACAAAAAAAAUUGGGCAUGAGUAAGUCUGCGGGAAAACUGUGUGUUUUAACUAAACCCUUGAUUUGCGACGCAAAUUCUGUUUCGUAAAUAUCAACGCACGUGUUUCCCUCGCUUUCAAAACAUGAAUUGUUUCGUUCUCCUGGCGGCCGCCGACAAAGUUUUUGGCAAAUGAAUGAUUCAAAACAAGUAUGUUAAAGGUACAUACGCGUGUUUAGAGUCAGGAAUGUUUUGGAACAAAUUAUUUUGAUGGUCUAUUCAUCCUUUUUCAUUUAAUCUUCAGCGCCAAAGUUGAACAUAAACGAUGCCAGUUGUUUGCUUAUUUCGCUUGAUUUUCGUUUGAAAACCUGGAUUGGGUUUGGAUUGGGGUCGUUAUACUUAAAAGAAGGGGCAAACAAAAUUUUUCCAAUAUUUCAACGAAAGCUUUUAUAGUGAUUCACAUAAGCCCAACAACAGACGAUUUCUAAAACUGGUAGUUUUACGACGCCACAUGUAAACUAACCCUAAGCGAUUCCUCCGAAUCGUUUCCAAAACAGGUCUGAUACUAUCUCAACAAUAAAUGAAACAACUUCGGAAAAUCAUAUAAUUCCCGACAAAAAUUUGUUUUUCAUUUGAAAUUAUAGCUUUGUUUCAAGCACCUUUUUUGUGGAAAAGAUUUUAAGCAAUGUUCAUUCAUUAAAUUUCCCAUUUGUCCACACUUCUUAUUAGCAUAUUCAACUUCUUCAUUUCGCUCUAUCACCAGACGCUCAAAAAAACUCAAGACGUUAAAAUUGAAAUUUUUCAGUUUUGAAAAGGAAUAAUAACCCGAUCUUCUACUUGUUAAUUAAAAAAAACUUAUAGUAUAAAUGAAAAUGUUUAAAGAUGAGAACUUAUAGUCGUCGUCGAAGACUCCUAAAGAAUCGUCAUCAGCUAGCUGCAUCACGUGUAUUUGUUUACAACUUCCUGAUUCUUCCCGCCAUUAUUUUCGCGCCUAAUUUAUUCAUAUCUUCUGAUGACGACGGUCUUUUGUCUCUAGCGCCCUUAUUAUCUAAGCUUAUUUUGUGAAAGGUUUGAACCCAGUAGGUUGAGUUUGAUCCUCCGGGUGAAAUUCGGCUCGGGAGACAGAAUCUGGUCACUACAACCCAUCACAUUUCCUUUGAAAUCACUCUUUGAUUUCGUUUUUACGCGUAAAUUAAAAUUAUAGUAAAUGCUAUUGUAAUUAUUUAUUUCCGGAAUUUCGGUGAGAUAAUGCGUUUUGUGAGCAUAGUCGUAUUUAAAGUCUGUUGACCUUUCUAUGUUUCAGUAAUGGUGAGUUAAAAAAAACAAACACACAAACACACAAUUAAGUUCGAUUCGCUGGUUGACCGUUUGCUUAGUAAUCGAGUAUGCGCGAGUUUGCCAAAUCCUGUUCAAAAUUGCGGGAAAAUCUGCCGGCAGAAUUUAUCACAUCCAAGCUCUUCAUUGCUCGAUAUUAAGGCUGUAACAAUACAUCGAACUAUCAAUUAAUCGCGAUAUUAACGCUGCGAUAGCGAUGGAUUGGUAGCAAAAAUGAAACAUCGAUAACAAUCGCGAUAGUGUAGCGAACUAUUGAUAGUUUCAGUGGUUUUUAUUCUUCUAACAUAAUUUUUAACGUCUACCACCACUUCUUAGUUAUUUCUUAAAGUAUAAGGCAUUAAGUAAAAACAGGUAUUCCUGAAAACUAUCGCAGUACUAUUGCUAUAGUUCCUCCUCUAUCGCAAUACUAUCCCAAUAUCCAUGUGGCCUAUUGCAAUACAAUCGCAGUGGUUAAAAUUUCCGCAAUAGUCACUCCUACUUGGUAUACGCUAUUUCCUCAGUUUUUACCAGUUGUUCAAUACUCAGAGAUCCCUUGUAUAAAAGAUGAUAAACAUUAUUUAGGCGAAUAAAGCUGUUCGUUGCGGUGUCCAGCCUCUUGCCAAAAAAAAAAACGGUGCCUACAAGAUAGCCUGGAUGGGUAAGCCAAUCAGAACGCGAGAUUCCGCGCUUCGUCUUGCCGCUCACGAACCAUCAAUGGUUAGUUACGUGUUUUGCCCAUAUGGCUAUCUAACUUUUUUAAAAACCUUUUUUCCCUGUGUAGACAGAUACAACACGCGCGGCUCGCUUCGCUCGCCCAAAUACGGGAGCUUGCAGCUCGCAGCUCGCAGCAGGCUAUCAAUGGCGGGAUACCAUUCUCUUUCGCGCUGUCCCCUCCCCCCCCCUCCCCCCAAAAAGGGAGAGAUUAAGUAAUGGUCCGUGUAAGAGGUAGGCAGGCGAACGGCAAAAGUGAUUAAAAGGUGCUAACUUUUAAUCAUUAAUUUCAAUUAAAUCAAGCGUUCUGAUUGGCCGAAAUCCAAAAAUCGCCAAAAAAACAGUCAGAAACGGGAUGGAUUCAUGAAGACUUACGUGAAUACACUGAUCCGUUGUUAGCCUCGUAAACUCCCAUCAGAUGUAGUCGAUAUAGCUAAAUCUUUUGAUUCGGUGCAUUACAUCAGUGGCAGCCUUGGCUUUGCCCAUUAAAUUUACCCAAAUUUAGAAGGUUGGCAGUUUUUUGUCUACAAUCAAACAAUUUAAACCACAUACUGACAUCAUAACGACAAAGCCAAGAAUCCGCAUUACAGAGGUUCCUGUAUUGUAAAGUUAUGUAGGUAGAAGAUGUGAUGGAGAGGUGUCUCUAGGUUUAGUACGGUGCUGUACAGCCCCCGAAAUGAUCCCCAACCCUGAAAUGAUCCCCAAAUCGAACCCGAAAUGAUCCCCAUUUCUUUUCGCACGUCUACCCCGAAAUGAUCCCCAAUUAAUUCUAGGAAUGGAAUGAAAUUCCGUCACGGAAUUAUUACAAGUCUGUUGCAGCGUUUACGUUAUUGAAUUACAUUUAACAUUUCACUACAGUUUAUGUGAUUUUUUAGCGCUUUCGUCAUCUAAUCGCCUUUAUGUCUACUUUUGCAUCUUCAACUUCAUUUUAAAAUUUUAAAAGUGUUAAAACAUCAUUUUUAAAAUUCAAUAUUCAAGGCAUGCAAGUUUAACAUCAUUUUUAGAAUUUAACAUCUAUGCAGUUUUCUUGAUGUUAUCGGUUGCAGUUCAUGGUGUUACUAAAAAUAUACUAGACUUUGUGUCGCAAAUAAUAUUUUCGUUUAAUCCCGUUCAAAGCGUAAUCCCAAAUUAAUGUCAUAAAAGAAUGUGGGCAAGUGAAGAUUAUUAGUGAAACUUAAGUUAUGAUGUGCAUUAUGCACGAUCCAUCGUUCUAGGAUAUCAUUCCAUUCUUAAAAUUAAUUGGGGAUCAUUUCGGGGUCGACGUGAAGUAACCUGCGAAGCAGGCGUCGAAAGGGGGAGGGGAUAGGGAGGAAAAAGGAGGGAGAUUGGGAAGAGAGGGUAAGGCUCCCUUCCCUUUUCUCCUUUUUCGCGCUUUUCUCUCUCCCCCUACCCCCUACCCCCUCCCCUUUUUGCGCCUGCCACGCAGGUUAAUGUGAAGAGAAAUGGGGAUCAUUUCGGGGUCGAUUUGGGGAUCAUUUCAGGGUUGGGGACCAUUUCGGGGGCUGUACAGUGUACAUCUAAGAUAUUUUGGUGUUAUACUGUGGGAAUGAGUUUUUGAAAUCAGGGGCACUCAACGGCAAUUUUCGGAAAAUAUCUGUUCGGAAGACGAUUUGAGAUCUAGAAUUUUCGGAACAUUUAUUGUAAAAUUUCUUGCUUGCCUGCCUCUCCUAGGAUUUUCGAACAUCUACAAAAUGGUAUAAUUACCAAUUUUUAACGGAUUUUUACCCUAAAAAAGGCCACCUAGAAUUUUCGGGAGCCUUUUCCUGGCUGAAAUUUUCGAAAAGGUAAGUUUUGAUCCCUAUAAUUUUCGGAUCACUAGACUUUCAGCUAGGAAAUCCGAAAAGAUGAAAAGCUUUUAGGGGAUAAAAAUAUGCCUAUAUAUACCGUUUAAAUACUAAAAUACGUUCAACAAUGCUUUGUUAAGUGGUUUUGAACUAUAUCCUCGUUGGGUGCCCCUUUUGAAAUUGAGAUUUGAAAUUUAGAGAGUUUAUCAGGUGACAGGCGUGCCGACGGCGUGAUGCACUGAUGCUUCGGUGUGCGGGGUCACUGACCGAAACCGGAAACAGUGCAUGAACAGUCUCUGGCACCCUGGAUGACCAGAAUGGCCCCAAAUUCCGUUCAAACGGUACAUGAGGGUAAAAAUAAAUGCAGAUAUGGUUCCUUUUGUAAAGUAAUUUUAAAAAAUAAAGGUCUUUUAGCCAUUGUUGACAUUGACGUUGACAUUCAAAGCCGGUGUCGUGAGGACUAUAUUAAAAGCUGUGAAUCGUUUAAUCAUUGACGUAACUUAAUUUUCACAUCAGUACCAGUUUUUACGCAAGUCAGGAACAUUCCAGUUGUGACCUGUAGACAAGGGUGCCGUCGGUAAAACACAGAUAACAGGGAACGACGCGGUCAGCGGAGAGGAAAACGGACUAAAAAGAAGAAUGAUGGGGAAAAAAUGGUGAGAGUAAUGAACGGAGUAACUUUGAGGUCUUGUGUGAUUGGCAGCCGAGGAACUGAUUAAAAGACUUUAAAAUUGCAUACUCAGUUGAGUAUCCAGUUUGUGAAAACAGUUUAUACACCUUGAAACAGGGAAACAGAAGUUUAUUUUCGUUGCCUCUGACAGCCGUGGCAGAUGGCAAUUAAAUUUUGCGAUGUACUGAGUCAUAUUUACAGACUGCAUUCGAGGUAAUUUCAAUUACAUUUAUCUCCUCUCUACAUACCUUUCAAAGAAGGUCUUCCUGAAUUCUUCCAACUGACCAAUCAUCGUUUCAUUUUUGCGUCCACAAAGCUUUCUAUAAGCUCUCUCCCGUACUUCAGCCAGUAGCGAAACUUGAUGAUUUUCUCAAAGUCCGGCGCAUGUGUGUAUGGAUUCUGAUGGAUUUGUUUCAUUUCGAGUCAUUUGUGAAGAACUAAUGGACUCGAGGCAUCGACAGUGCAAAUCCCUGAUAUUUCAGUGAGGGCGCCGGCAAGAUCGACAGCUGUCAAUUAUGUUUUCUCACCGUCUAUUCGUUUCAAUCUUUUGACUCACGUCCUAUAAAGGUUGUAAGUUCCGAGUCCGGCGAUGGUUUGACCGGAAAAUACUAGAUUUGUUAUCGGACUUGAUGAAACAAUUGAAAUUUGAGCACUUCACGUGCUCUUUAGUGGGGCGGUGUUUGUUUUCAUGCUCUUUUCAUACUAGAGAAGCAAGUGAACAGUCGUCCGUACCCUCUAACUAUGGCUUCGGCGGCUGUGAAAGACGGAGUCGUGAAUUUAACGGUACCUCAAACGGGAAACGAGGUUCCUCCCAAGGAAGAAGCAAAACCUUCAGCGACGGAGCAAAAGGCCGCCUCAAAAGCCGCUGUUUCUGUGGAGAUUGAAGAUAAGAGCGAUCGAGGAGGAUGGGGCAACAAGAUCGAGUUUAUUUUGGCGACGGUUGGUUUCGCUGUAGGUCUUGGAAAUGUUUGGAGAUUUCCUUAUCUUUGCCAGAAAAACGGAGGAGGUAGUUUAAUAUUUAUAUGUAUGGUACAUGCAUUUUUUUUUCUGAGGCUUGCAACAUCUGAUGAGGUCGUUCUUAGGUUAAAACCUCAAUGCAUUCUGCUCGACCUGACCUUCUUAGCGUGAGCUGGAGAGAGGUGUUCGGGGAUUUUCUUUCCUUCAUUGCAUCAUUUGUACGUCAAGCUAUGACAGCUAAUACCUAGAAUAGUUUGUCCGCUUCGAAAGGUCGAUUUUAAGCCGACAUCCACAAUACUGUAUGGUGUUGAAUUAAGUACCUAAGAAAUAUUAUCUGAAACCACAGGCGCUUGAAUUGAAUUACAUGUAAGAUACUGUAGUAUAAUUUUACUCUUACGCUUUAGAUUUCUCCGCCCUUCUCACCUACCCAGUUUUCAACCUUACAGAACCAGGUACAAUUUAUUUUCAUUGGCGAGAAAUCCAAAACUUUUUUAAGACACGUAUGCUUUCGUUUGAUUGUCUUGCAAAUCAUUGCAUGUUUACUUACUAAGGAUGAUUUACCAAUGAAUGAUAAACUUGCGUAUUUUUUCUGUCUCUUUUGCUUAAGAGUGUUAAGAACUUUACAUGCGAUUUAGGUAUUGGCUAAUUAACUCCGCUUUGUGCUUUAUUUUCAAUUAAACUUUAAAGACGUGUUCUUGAUCGUUCAUUUUUUGUGUACUAUUUACAUUUCGGCUACUCACGUUCUUUCAGAAAUGCAUGACUUCUCUAUAAUUGACCUGUAAACGUAAUGAGUGAAGCAGUUUAUCUCGGUCACAAUAUUGGCAAGCUUUUUGGUUCGGCUAGCUCAUUGAUGUUUGCGAGCGCCGAGCCGGCACGCGGCCGGGCGAAUUUUUUAUGCUGUCACGCAGCUAGUGAUUCUUGCGUUAUGUGGCCUCAGCGUGUUGUGCAGGUUUCGCGAAAUCAUAUAAAUCAAUGUAAAAAUUGUAUCGAAAGUAGCCGGCUUACUGCUAAUUUUUAUAGCUGUUUCUGGUAAAUUGUAAAUCAGGUUACUUGAUAGCUAAAAGAGGGCUACAGGCUGUGUGUUGCGGAAUCGGAAAAUAUAAAAUGCAAAAAAAUUAUAUUCCAACGCGGGUCACCACAGUUUUUAAAAUUGUUCAAAACUUUUGUUGGAUAUUUUUUAUUUAUUAUUAUUACUGGAACAAGUAUGGGGUACUAUCUUGGGUGAUGUAUAACCACAAUAUUCUUCAUUUAUAUGCACACAGGUAACCCAGCCAUUGAAUGAUAAGGGAGAGGGUCGUCUUCCAGUGAAACCGGCCAAGUAUAAAAAUUCUAGGAAGAAUAAAAUUUGAUUCAACUUUGAGUCCAUUGUUGGAAAUAUGAAGAAUGAAAAAUUCAAAACAGUUUUCGAAUCUGAUGAGAAUCACUCUUAAAAUUGAAAAGAUUGAGAAGUGAAUUUAAGGUUGGAGAAAAUAAAUCAGUUAGAAAGGAGCUUUUAUCAAUCAGGAAAGUGUUUUUGUACCAUGUCCUUUAGAGCGAUGUUCCAUACUAGCUGUCCACAAGACUACAAUGAGUAAUGCCCCAGAUUAAAAGUAAUUUUGACUUCUCAAAAACAAAAUAAUGAUCUAUGUCUGAUAUUUGAAUGAUAUCUUGAAGAUCUCUCAAAAACAUUAUGAAAGUCAUGAAAUAAUUAAAUUCAGCGUGAUAGAAGCAAAACUUAUGAACUGGGCUGAAGAAUGAUCUUUUUCUCUGAAGAUGCGGUAAAAUUUCUGACAGGAAUUUGGAGUCUUCAACUUUGCCGCUUUGUUGUGAUCUAAUAGAAUCCAAACUUGAUGAAUCAAGGAUUGUUUUGGACUUUCCAAUUCUUUAACUUUAAUGUCUUCCUAGAAAUCCUUGACUGGAUUUCACUGUAAAGACUGAAUAGUUUAAGGGAAAUGUGAACCUUAACUGGAAUUUCCACAGUGGUGGUUUAAAUCCAAAAAAGACUGUCCAUGGGGUGAGAGAGUAAUGGGAAUUUUCUGGAAGAGCAUAUGAUAUUAUUUGAAAAUACAGUGAAAGUCCGCGAUUAAGAACCUGGUUUUUAAGAACCUGUUAGACUAAAAUUUGUCAGUUAUGGCCCCUCUGUACAAGAACCUGUUUAUCAUAUAAUUUGAAGCAGGUUCUUAUUUUCUAAAAUCUAUAAUAAAAAAAUUCUGCACAGUUGGACAAAAGGACUUCAACAUUCAAGUGGUCAGUGCUUCGGUCCUUCUUCUCAUAGUCAUUAAUUUUAUAUAAGGAAUAAGCUGAAUACCACUAAAUACUCAUAGCUGCCAUCCUUUUUUUUUCAUAAAACAAUGAAGAACCUAAAAUAGCUUAAAUUUGUGUUAAUCACCAUUUAUGUAACAACCUGUUUAGGCUAACUUAGGAAAAUACAGUUUCUAAGGGUGCUUUCCAUUUGUCAGAACUGACUGGCCAGUCCAUUCCCGUCGCAAUGAUAGUUUCCCUUUUAAUCAAAACUAUCCAGCCAGAUUAGUCAAAUCCAAAUUAGUAUGCACGAAGGAGAACGUUUUUAAGCAAAAACUCUUGGAAAAAGCCUAUUUCAUUUUCAAACUGACUGGUCAGGCAAUGGUCUGGCCGGCCAGUCCUGACAAAUCAAAAGUGGGUCAGUCGCAGGUUUUUCUGUAGUCACCAUUUGCAAGAGUAAUGCUGAUGUUUGAACAAAUACUUUUUAUUCCUUCAGCCCAAUGUUUUAUGUAAAAGUUCAGGUCUUGGGAUCAGUAUGAAGUGUUAAUUGGUACUGUUUUUGAAAGGGUCCAUUGUCAAAUUCAAAUUAAUCCCAAAAUAGAGUGUUAGAUUGUUUUCCAGGUGAAUUUUCAUAUUGAUUUGUUUUUCUUUCACUUCCAGUUUUAGUUUAAUGAAAUUAAUUCCAAUCUUCAUUUUACAAAAAAUGCUGAAAAACAAACAGUGCUAUGUGAAAGAACUGCUGAAGAUAUUUCAUUUGAAUGACUUUGCUUAUUAUUUUGUCUUCAGAUUCAAAAGUUAGACAGUAGUAGACUCCAUCAUUUUAGCUUCUAAGGGGCCUGAGAAAGGUGCCUGUAUUCAUUUAUGGUGUUUGAUUUAUAAUAAUGUUUUUCUUUAUAUUUCCAGGUGCCUUUCUGAUUCCCUACUUCCUGAGUCUGUUCCUUCUGGGAAUCCCUCUUUUCUUCCUUGAGCUGGCAAUUGGUCAGAGUCUGCGUCAAGGAUCUGUUGGAGUAUGGAAUGCAAUACACCCUUACCUUGGUGGUCUUGGAUAUGCCUGUGUUGUUGUUUGCUUGCUUGUGGGAAUGUACUACAACAUGAUCAUAGCAUGGUGUUUUUACUACUUGUUUGCUUCCUUCCAAGAGCCUCUGCCAUAUUCAUCCUGCCCACUCUUGGACAAUGGUACCAAACUUGAAGAGUGCAUAGAAGCUGGUCGCACACAGUUUUACUGGUACAGGAAGGCUCUUGAUGCAUCUCCAAGCAUUGAAGAGAGUGGUGGGCUUGUCUGGCAUCUUAUUCUUGUCCUUUUAGUAGCCUGGGCUGUUGUAUUCUUGUGUAUGAUGAGGGGAGUGCAGUCUGCUGGCAAGGUCAGUGGUUUAGCAUAUUUAUGCUGAACAGUGAUAUUUGAAGGCAGUGAUUUUGUUACAGAUAGUUAUGGUGAGUCCUGGGACUUCGAUCGAUCUGUGCGUCCUACGUGACGCAUGUCAUGAAUUAUUUUGCGUUGUUGGGGAUUUUUAUACAUCAGGAACGCAGGACACAGAGGUCAGGGUGUCCAUUUCAUAUUUUUUCCUAUUUUUUGAACCUAUUCCUAUUUUCUCCUAUUUUAAAACUAAAACCUCCUAUUUUUCCUAUUUUUUAGCUGGUGAAGCCAAAAUUGUAACAAAAUUGAAAAUGGAAUUUUUAGUUGUAUGUCUUUAGAGUGAGAGUUAUCAUAAAGCAAGUAGUAUGUUGACUUUGAUGCUCUAAUAUUAGCAAAAAUAAUAGUUACAUUUUGUUCUUUCCAUGACCUUUAUUGCCCAUUAGAGUUCUGUGAACAACUAUGUUAUAUUGUUGCUUUUUGUAUAAAUUUCUAGUUUACCUACAUGUAUUGUAUCUAGUUCUCAUGACUAUUGAAUAAUAUUGCGCAUAGCCCCCCCGAAACUGCAUUUCAGUAUCUGUACAUGUCUUGCUCGCUUUUAUGUUCAUCUUUGAAACUGAAAACAGUUGUCCUCUCACAACACAGUUCAGAUAAAUCAUCCAAUCCAGGCGCGGAUCCACACCAGUUUCCACCGUUUUACAAAAAUCGGUCACAUUUUUCAUUAAUAAAUAUAUUUUUAAUAAAAUGAAAACUUUCCAGGUUAAAAUCUUGCCAAUAUUCUGUCUGCAUGAUUCAGGAACCUAGUAAAGGGGACCUUUGGGAGUUAAAAUCCAAAAAAGUUCCUGGGGGAGUAUGCCGCUGGACCAGUCCCUCUAGAAGCUUGUUUAGGAAAUCAGUCAGUAUUUAUCCUAGAUCCACGUCUGCAAUCAGCUUCUUGUUUAAAAAGCAAUCACUACCUAGAUUCUGGAUGUUUAACAUGAAAAGAAGAGACUCAAGUUUAGUUUACGGCACUAGCUCCCUUGGUGAGCCCUUGUUAACAGCUAUACCUAAGAAACUGAUGAAGGAUCCAAUAUUUUGGUUGCGAAACUGGUCUUGCAGUCAUAGCUAAGUAGAGUGAUAUGUUGUUAGAACUUAACCAUGACACACUUACAAUCUGGUACUAAAUAGGUCAGUAUCAUUUUGCGUACAACAGGGAAGGCCUGGUUCCAAACUUAAAACAGUAUGCUGUCUUUUGACUCUAACAAGCAUAUUGUCAACCAGCUACCGAUUGCAGAUUAAUUAAAGGAAAGCUUUCCGUAGAACUUUUUAGUUCCAGUUCGAUAACCAUCAAUGACAAUGCGAUCAUAAGAAAAUUCUAUCCUAAGAAAUUUCACUCUUCAAAGCUUUUUAAAGUUUUGCUGCCAACUUGAAGGGAAUUGCAUAUGAUCACCUUUGAUUAUUAACCACAUUCGACCUGUAGUCAAGCAUAUCAUUCUGAUUACAGCAUAACUAAGCCCAUAAACUAAAUGUUACUGAUCAUUUUGACUCCUUCUAAGCCACGAAAGUUGAUCUACAUCCUGCGAACAUAGAAGCUGAGGACUCGUAGUCUUUAUUAUAACCCUGAUGGGGUGCUGGGAGGCUAUCUUUGUCGAUGAAAGUACUAUUGAUUUUCCUAUUUCUCUCCUAUUUUUUAACGUAAAGUUUACUAUUUUUUCUAUUUUCUCAAUCCUGAGUUUCCUAUUUUCCUAUUUUUUUGAGCAACCAUGCCGCUGUACACCCUGGGAGGUAACUUUAAGGCACUGAAAGGAAAAGAAAUUGAAUAUGGUGUUACCACUUUCACAGUAAUUUUGCCAAGUAGUUACAGGUUUAGCAAUAAUAAGCAAGUAAAAGCCUUAUAUUUAUAAUGAUUUUUAUUUUCAGGCUGUGUAUUUUACUGCUACAUUUCCUUACGUUGUGUUGACCAUCUUCUUUGGCCGUGGAGUUAGUUUGGAGGGGGCUGGAGCUGGAAUUGCACACAUGUUUAAACCUCAGGUUGGGGUUUGAAUCCUCUUAAUCAUGUUGAAAUAUUGUUGAAUUUGUUCUUGCUGUUGCAGUACUUACUAACAUUUUUGGAUCUUUUUUGUUUCUGUUUCUGUUUUUUUUUUUCAGUUUUCUAAGCUGAUCAAUCCCCAGGUUUGGCUGGAAGCAGCAACUCAAAUCUUCUUCUCCCUUAGUGUGGCAUUUGGAGGACUUAUUGCCAUGUCCAGUUACAACCCGGUGCACAACAACUGCCACCGUGAUGCCAUUAUGGUGUCCCUUAUCAACUGUGGAACUUCUGUUUUUGCUAGUAUUGUUAUUUUUUCCAUUCUUGGAUUUAAGGUUUGUGUUGAACUGAGUACACCUUCUUUUUUAAUCAUUUUAUUAUAAGAAACAAAUUCCCCCCCCCCUCCCCCAUCAGAUUUUAAAGCUUUUUGAGCCCAGCUUCGUCAACAAAAAAUUGAAAGAGUUAGAAUUGAAUUUGGCAAGUCCCUGAGUCAAGUAAUUAACAAAUUAUUUGAGACUUUAAACUUAUAAUUAGUUGCCUACAGCAAGGAUACUUAUAUUGCAUCAUGUCUUUGCCAAAGCAAGGAACCACUUAUUUAGUUGAAUCUCCAUUCCUGUAACAGUAUUUUUCCAAAUCUUUGUGAUGUGUGGAAAAUAGGCCUAUUUCGACAUAUUAAAAUUCAUACGUGGCUAGGAGGUAUGGGGGAAUAAAACAAAAGAAAUUUAUUAUUCAUUGCUGAGCCUCAAGAUGAUUUUUGUUUUGUUUUAUCCAAUAUCCUCUUUGCAUGACUUGAUCACAUGAUCAACUUUCAGUAAACACGAAAACAGUCCACUUUUGAAAAAUUUUGUUAGCACAAGCUGAAAGAGCACAUUAAAAUUGGCUAACCUGAGAAUUUUCAGCCGUAUACCUCAAAAGUAGCAAUUACAACAGCUGCUGAAAGUUAGAAGCAUUUGUAUCAGAAAAACAACUUUUGCCAUCCAGUCAUGCUUGCAUGGUUUUCCAUACAAAUCCUUAAAAUUCUGAAAUUUUUAAACUGUCGUUAUAUCUUAAUCCCAUUCAUUUAAGAGCUCAAAUUGCCUGUUGUGAAUUAAAAGGAGAUUUGAGCCCUGUAAUGCUUAAGGAAACAUUUCAUGACAGUUUUGAAAUUUUCGAAAUUACAAGGAUUUGUACGGAAAACCAUGCAAGUGUGACUGGAUGGCAAAAUUUGUUUUUCUCAAACAAAUGCUUCCAACUUUCGGUAGCCAUUGCAAUCGCUACUUUUGAGAUACACGGCUGAAAAUUCUCAGGUUACCUAAUUUUAAUAUGCUCUUUCAGCUUGUGCUGGCAAAAUUUUUCAAAAGUGAACUGUUUUUGCGUUUACUGAAAGUUGAUCACGUGAUCAAGUCAUGCAAAAAGCCUAUUCCCCCAAACCUCGUAGGCAAGUUUGAAAUUGGUCUAUUUUUAAAUUUUUUUGUAGGCCACUCGUUCCUUUGAAGAUUGUAAAGUAUUUUAUGGAGCCAUGAAUAGCACAAAUGGAACUGACUUGGUUGCAGAAAAAUGUAAAGAUUUGGAUCAUUGGCUCUCAGAGGUAAGUUACUAGGAAUACUUGUACUACCACAAUUGCCAAGUUUGGAUAAAUCCUUCUUCCUUUUACAUUUUUAUGCUCACUGGCUUUUAGCCAAUAUGCAGUAUGUCAAUGGCUGUGUAAAUCCAAUUCUAUUGUCCCUCUAGCAGACGAUGUUUAACCCUUAUCUUUCAGAGCUAAGGUGCCUAGUUUGAUACCUGCUAUUGCCCUUUUUUGACAAAUUUAUUAGAUUCUUUUUUCUUAUCCUUUUUUUAAGCCCAACAAUUUAGUAUUAUAAAAGUACAUUAAUCAUUGUGAAAAUAACUAGGUCUAAAGUAUUGCCCCCAGAUUAGUGAAUGUCGUGAUGAAUGAACUUGAUCAUUUGAGACUCCCUUAAUUGCAUGGUAAUAUCAUUUUUCCUCUGAUCAUUGUUCCUUUUUAUGUGUGUAUUUGUUGCUACAGUAUCUUCCUGACCUGUCAUUGAUUUCUAUUUAAUGCCGAUAUCAACUGGCUGCCUGGUUCUGCUAGCUCUAAUGGUUAACCAGGCAGCAAGUACUUUUACUUUCAUUAUUUUCAUGUCCUAAUUUAUCGUUAAGCAAGAGUGAGUACAAAUAAAGAUUAUUGUUGAUGUUGUUGUUUGGAAUUCAAAUAUUUCUUUUCCAUUAGUAAACAACAAACACGAUAUGUCAAUAUGUGAACCUAGAAAAAAAUACAAGAAAAAAAAAACAGGUUUUUAUCUAUGGUCCACUAGCAUUGUUCACAAAUCUGUCAUUAGUAAUAUUGUCUCCGUCCAUUAACUGGUCUGAGAGUUGUUUUAUCUUGUUUGUGAUCAGUCUGCAUCAGGUCCUGGAUUGACCUUCAUUGCCUUCACUGAGGCCAUUGUAAAGAUGCCUGCUUCCCCUGUCUGGUCAGUGCUGUUUUUCUGCAUGUUGUUAACCCUUGGUCUUGGCAGCAUGUUUGGAACUUUGGAAGGCGUCAUUACCCCAUUUUAUGACAUGAAGAUUGUGCCUUGGAGGAAAGAGAUCAUUACUGGUAUGUACCGGUAUUUGUUUUCAGUAUUGUUUAAAGCAGCCUCAUCAUGCUUUCAGACCUCUUUGUUGUUGCUGCUGUUUUGUGUCUCCUUCUAUUUUUUCUUUUUUUACCAGAGUAAUACUUUGAGGGUUUUUGUAACUUCCAGAUAGCUUGCACCGGGAUUAAGACAAAGCAUUAUAAUGUCAGUUCUUUUUUAAACAGUUCAUAUAGUAUGCUGACCUUUAAGGAUUGGUGACCCAUCCAUUCCUGUACCAGUAUUUCCAACUUCCUGUAGUACUCUUUUAUUGAAGAUCAUCAUGAAAUACUGCAUGUUUUUGUUCAUUUUUCUUCUUUUGUUCUACCUUUUGAGUUCAGUGCAUAAAAUACUGUGGUGUAUGAUGUCUUUACCGGGAUUUUCGUGACUGUGUUUUUGGUACUUGGCAGAAAUAAUCCCGUUGAGGAUUCUGUAUUUCUGUCUGUUUUGUGCUUUCUUGGGGUGAACUAUUUAAUUAAUAUGCUGAUGUGAUAAUUAUAUGGUUGAAAUAGGUAUGGAUUCCACUGUGAGGUCUUAUAUGCAUGUCCAUUUUCUAAAUGUGGACGCCCUGUGAUUUUUAAACCUCUUUUAUACAGAAGCAUGUGACCUGUCCCAACUGACUUUAAAGCUAAACUUUUUCUUUUACUUUAAAUCUUGUGUGUUAUUGUUUCUUCAGGACUCAUCUGUCUUUUCUGUUUCCUGGUGGGUCUGCUGUUCACCCAGCAAUCUGGACAGUACUGGCUUCAGAUGUUUGACAACUAUUGUGCCACUUUGCCACUGCUGUUUAUUGGUCUUUGUGAACUUGUUGGUGUGAAUUACAUCUAUACAACUGAGAGGUAAGAUAUCAGUAACCACGGAUAAAGGCCCAACGCAAGUGGUUACCAGACAAUAAUCCGACCUAGGGCUUUUCCUGUCACAGAAUAUGGACAAAGAAACUAUUAAAGUAAUCAUAUGUAGCUCUCAACAGCUUACCAUUAACCAGUGGCAGCAAUUUUGACAGGCACAGUGUAAAAUGCAGACUGCUGACUGACUGCAGACUAUUGUUUUUAGGGUUAGAAAACAAUGGGACUAUUGCUGUCACAUACUCAUUUGCAUGAUGAAAAGAAUAGUCCACAGUCUGCGUUUUACACUGACCAAUUUUUACAAUGCCACCUCAGCAGAAGUGGGUGAAUAGUACUGCAUUAAUUUGUCAGCAGAUCCCUCUCAGUCCCUGGUCAUGUGUUAAUAUUAUUAUGUUUAGUAGAAAUAUUCAGGAAGUUUAGGAACUCCAUUUGCGAUGAACUUCGUCACCUCCCCAAGACAGCUUUCAAAAAACAAAUCAAUGACAUGUUAUUUUCGUUAUUAGAGGCCGAGGACAAUUUUGUUGAAUCGCCCAUUCUGCUUCAAAAAACAGCUAACUAUCGAGCAAAUACAGAGUUAAAUUUAUAAAGUAUACAUAUCUUAAUUUAGUGUCACAGUUAAUUUUACAAGUUUCAAGUAGUUGAUUUUGUUAAUGUUAUUAAUUUAUGUUUAAGCUUUAUUUCACUUAUAUAUAGCUGUUUAUUUAUUUAUUUAUUCAUCUAUUUAUUUGUAAAUUAUUACUCAGCUGACUGCUGUACUCAUUAUCUCCGCCGGCCUCAACUAGCACCUGCUACUUGCGGGCAGAAAUGGACUUAAUGUAAAUGUAGAUUGUUAAUAAUAAUAAAUAAAGUGUAAAAUUGAUUGCAAAAUUUUUAUCUAAAUGAGAGAGAAUUUCUUAUAAAUAAGAAAUUUUUUCCCAUUAUUGAGAACAAAUCAUGUAAAUGUUGAACACAUAGAAAUCAGCAAAUUAUUAUUUUAUGGUUUUAGACUUGUCCUUGAAUCAAAUAACACAGUACUUUCUAUUUCAUCUUUCAAAGUAAGUUUCCUGUCUUUUAAUGUCACAGAUUUGAAGAUGACAUUCAGUACAUGCUUGGCUUUCGACCACAUAUGUACUGGAAGAUUUGUUGGCGAUAUUUAUCACCUGCUCUCAUCACCAUCAUCUUCAUUGCCAGUAUCAUUAACUUGGCCAUCAAUCCCAUGCAAUAUUCGGCUUGGGAUGCUGUCAAUGUAAGUUAACCUACACUGUCUAGCUAGUUCAUUUUGUUUACAAUGUCAAUUACCCAUCCUUAUUCAUUAUGGAACUUGAGAGAUUUCCUGUAAAUGACAAAAUCACAGCUUCAUGUCAAAGAAAAAUGUCUCCCAAUCAUUCUAUUAAGCAUUAGAAAAAACAACAAAUAUGAACUUUGAAAAGCUGUAAGGCUAGCAAGUUUUCAAAGAGCAUAAAUGCGAUCCAUUUCAAUCUUCUUCGAGUUUGUCUAUCCACGGGUGCUAAGUUCCUUUUGUGUUUGCUGUGUUAUUUGUAUCUUCUUUCAUGUUUUGAGCGGUUAUUUAUAUGUUUCACUAGGUUUGGUGAUGGUUCCCACUGUUUGAAUUUUGGCAAAUCCCUGACACAGUUCAUUCAAGUCCCAAAAAUUUGCUUUAAGUACACACUGUAUAAAAUAAUGCCCAUGAUUGACUUAGAGAGUGGAAUCAUUAAAAGAAACUGACUUGAUGUUAAUUGUGUUUUGCUUUGCCCUACUUCAGUCAAAAACAGUGGAUACAAAGUAUCCUGGCUGGGGAUAUGCUAUCAUAGUCCUUCUUAUCUGCACAUCAGUACUCUUUGUACCAAUUGUUGCCUUGCUACGCUUCUUUGGCCUUUUAAAAUACCAGAAACCAACAUCUAAACAAGGAGAGGCCGGAGUAGUUGCCCCAGGAUCAGUGACGCCAUCAAUGUCACGCAUGCCUCUGCCACCCAUGGAAGUACCACUGGCUGGAACUCGUGAAGAUGAAGACUAGAAAUGGGAUCUGAAUCAAGUGAACUGGCUCUUCAGUGGGGUAUUGGACAAAAGCUAUCAUACUGGAUUUUUUCUCUUUUUUGUAUUCUGCUGAGGAGCUUGUUCACACUGGUAAUGAAUUUUUGAACUUAAUUGUGUAUAUAUAUAUAUAUAUAUCACUAACUGCUAACUCUACAGAUAAUUUACAUCUUUUAUUGUUGUGCUAGUCAAUUUAGAAGUAAGAUGAAGUGAAUCUAAAUACAUCUGAAAUUAUUUUUUCGUGAGGUAGGCUGUCAUUUAGAGGUAGUGUGUGUAAUCUGUAUGUUGUGUGUAAGCUGUUGACCAAUGCCAUAAUAGUGAGUGUUUCAUGUGGACCUCAACAAUAGUUUUUAUUAAACAACUACUUUGUGUACGGGAAAAAAUAUAUUGUUCUUGGUAAAUAAUUAAAAUGAUAAAGUUGGCAACAAGAGUUUUGGAAUACAUUUAUGUUCACCUGGUAUUAAACAGUUUGUAUGAAAAGUGAUGAAACAGAAAAUUAGAAAAGUUACCAUGAGUACAGGACUCUAAUGAUCCCCUAAGUGAAAGUACAUAAGACGUACAUUAGAACGGUGGUGGACAAAAUACUGACCCCCAGUCCUUGGACUACCCCUUGGACUGACUGCCAAUAUGGAGUACCCUAACCGGGUGCAAAGAAAGUCAGUUUUACAGCUUGCCUGAGUGGCAAGCUGUAGUCAGCAUGUACUAGCCCGAAAAAAAAAUUUUGAUGAGUAGGAUUGAUAACAGUUCUUCUGUGAUUUGAAUUCCAUCAAAAGCUUCACUUGCCAGUUGGGCAAGUUAAGGGCAGAAUUUACUAGCCCGAUAGCAAAAUCCACUAGCCCCAGACUACUGGACAAGGCUCCCUUUACACACUGCGUAGAAUGAACUGCUUAGCUGAAGUUUAGUGAUUAGGGUUAGGAAACUGAGUGAAUUCAGGUCAGUUUUCCCAGUAUAAUGAUCCUAGGUGGAACCUGAUUCACUAAGUUUCCUAACCCUAAUCACUAAACGUCAGUGUCGUAUUCCAUUUAGGGUUAGGGCUGGGGGUCAGAGUUUUGUCCACCACCCCUAAGAACUAGGUUGCUGAGUCAUGCUCUACAAACUUAAAGUCAGUUGUUAAUGUUUUCAUUCACUGGGCUAAUAUAAAAAUUGCGAGAAUAUUAAUAUUAUCUCUUUUGUAAAUACUGAAAAAGCAUAUAGAAGCAGGUGAUAGUCUUCAUCAUCCACAAAUUUGAAAGGUGGAACAACUCCAUUAUCAAGUUUGUGUGUGAAAUGGUGGAGGUUUUUGUCCUUGAAACUUGGUUAGGUACUGUUUAUUUCUUUCAACUUUUAGUAAGUCUUGUGAUAAAUCUAUCCAUGAACGUUAUCUCCUCUUGCUACUUCAUGUGGUGCCUCCAUGAACGUUCAUGUUCUUUCUCUACGUCAUGUAAUUUUAGACCGGAAGUCUGCCUUGUUGCUGAAUGUAUUUAAGGCUCUUACAUGUAGUACCAGGGUGGAUUAUUAGCUCAAUAGUGAAAAUGUUAGAUUUAAGGAUCAUGCUUUAGGCCAUGGCCAUACCAUGGCAAUGUUUGCUUGGACAAGAGACUUUGCUCUUUAUUUUCAGUCUCUUUACCUAUGUGGAAAUAUCAGCACUCUGAUAAUGUGACCUUUUUAUCUGGCAUGUUUUAUUUUCUCCAUGUAGAUCAUGUGGCAUUUUCAAGGAAAUUUACCCUUUGUCAUUUCACAAAUUAUGCCUAAAAUAUGUAUGUGAAUAAGACAACAUUGAAAGGAACAGUUCUAUAGGGUAUUAUCAAAACACGAAAUAUAAAAGUUAACCAUGUAUACCAUAACUACUGGUUGUUAACAGUUGUCUUACAGUUAAGGAGGGUGAGUGCCGUGCCCGUCCCUAAAGCUUUCACAGGGGUCUUAUGUUAUGACAGCUUACAAAGUUCUGUGACACUCUAGCAGAGUAUAUUAUGUAUAUUGAUGAGAAUGGAGGAUCAGAUAAACGUCUGGUUAUUUUAAUGCUAUUAACAGUAGUACAGCGUGCAUUUUUACAUUUUGCCUUUGAAAUGAUUCAGUUACCGUCAUCCAAAAUAGUUUCUCAAAAAAUGAUUUUCGUUUUAGUAUGGUUUUUCAUAAUGAGAAUGGUAGAUUCAAAUUUCAAUUUAGCUUACACAAAAAAUAAAAAAGAAACAAUGGAUCUAGCACAUUUUUAUCAUGUUAUUAAUUCUGUCACUUUUUAAGUUAAUCAACUCCUUCAUUCUCUGUGCCAUUCCUAGCUUACCGUGAUAAUUUAUAUCACAGUUGAUGAAAUCUGGAAGCAAGCCCUCCAUUUAGGAGAGUCGCGAGCGGCAAGCCCACGGAGACAUGCGUUCCCUCGCGGCUUGCUCGCUCGCUCGCAGGCUGCAGUUGACGCGCCGUUGACGCUGCCUGAUAUAUUCUUAGAAUGUCCCAAAUAACAAAGAUUUUAUAUGUUAAAUUGGAUAGAAAUUAUUCCGUUCUGUCUUUAGUAGAAAGUUUGUUAAAUAAUGUAGAACUUUGGACUGUAAAUAGCGAUACUGGUAGUGCGUUUAUAAUGUGUAACUAGGUGAGUCGUCAGUGUGACUUAAGUAUGAGACACUUGUAUUAGGGCUUGUUGGUUUUUUUUUUCGCUCUUGUUUCAUGAGUCUCGCUCGUAUUAGAAUUACAUUCUUCAGGUUAUUUCUUUAAAUUACUAGAUGUUGGAAUGGUUAUGAUUGUAGUUAACCUCAAAGUUUUAGCGUAGGGAUUCGAUAGGCUGAAGUCAAUGUUGAAAUCAGCUCUUUUUAGUGAAGCGUAUAGAGUGUCUUCUCUUGAACCGUGAAACAGAUACUAACAAAUAGUGCCAAAUAGCAAGAGGUAAACAAAAGAAGACGUUAGAAUUAGUGCAUAAUAGUGCGUAGUAUUCUACUACUAUUUCACGGGUCAAGUAAUAUCACCCUAUACGUAUCUAUCUCUGCAAGACAUAGCGUCGUUUUUUUUCCUACUGUAUGGUGCACGCUCGUAAAAUUGACUCCCGCGCGAGGAUACGCGCGACAGGAGGCGCUACGUGCGCUUUGCUCCACUCCCUUCGAGAAAAUAAGACUUAAGUCAUUUGAUUUAUCGUUCAGUCCUACGGUAUGGAUGGGCAGUGGUUUUUUUCCAGACCAACGUGUAAAGAUGCCACCCGAACGCAAGAAAUGUGACUAAUUUUUGCGCGAUCCAUUUAUCUGGAAACCAUUGCCAUGCCUUACUGUAGAACUAACUGUACGGUUCCGUAGAUAUUAAUGUUAUUCACAAGAAAAAGCCUGCUAUUUUUAGUUUCCCUUCAGUGACGUCAAUUAACCCGGCUUCUGCUAUCAGAGUACUGCAGGGUAUGAUGACGCCAAAGUAGGGACACUUUAACUUUAUUUAGCCUUAGUAUUAUAACCGUGCAUAGCCAUAGUCGAUGAUGUAAUCAGAGAGAGCUUUCACCAGAGUUGAGCAUUUUAGAAGUGCUCUCACUGGUCUGAUUUCUUAACAAGGCAAUCGUAUUCGCAAGAAAGGCAAAGCGCUAAAUCUGACAUGAAGUGUAGGCCUAUGUGGGGGAUUUCAUUUGCACGAAAAAGGAUACGGCUCGUAUGAGGCUACCUCUAGAGUGAGCUAGUUUGAACUCUGUACCGCAGAAUGAAAUACGGCCUAUUUAGGACCAUUGUAGCUUAAGCUAAAAAAUAAAUUAAGCUUGUUUUAAUGUUGUAGGGUGACCACGUUUCAGUUGUUCAUUAUAAUUGGAGAGUUGAACAUAGAUCUCUGU